GCGCGAACACACAGCAGGCGGUGAAACGUGGCCGCGUUUGCGUAUACCGUUCCCUUCAGUUUGCUUCGAUUGCCGGCCUGUCGAGGCGUCGGGGGGUACACACACAAAGAGAGGCUCCCGAUAAAGAGCCGUGGUAGCAGUGCUGGCCGCGCUGUUAGGCACUAGCAGGGUGCCCUGGUGGUGCAUCUGGGUAGGGGGGUCCCGCGGUCACGUGACCGAGCUGCGUUUUGAGCGCACUAACCCAGACUGUAAAUAGGGAGUGUACAUACGGUGAGUGCUUAGGUGCGUGGGAUUUUAGUUGGCAAUGAGUUCAAGCAACAAAUCCUUGGUGUCCUCUGGUGGUAGAGGCACCAAUAAAAAUAAAUCACAACAACACGGCAAAUCAGAUCAUCAUCAAACCAAAUCAUCAGACUCGACCAAGCAUGACAAGGCCCAGCAAAACACAAAUCAAAUGCGCAACGCGCAAAUCAUCGACACCAGAAUGGCGGGUGGCGAGGACCCCGUUCUGAAGGAACGCAUCAAACAGGUCAUGGACAUGACCCGGCGUUCCGAGGACGAGGUAAUCCUGGCCCUGCACGACAGCGAAGGGGACUUGGACCGGGCGGUCAACGACCUUCUGGAGGGGGUGAAAACAGAAUGGGAGGUGAAAAAGAAGAAGCCCCGUCAGCCCAGCGGUUCCAAGCAGUCCACAGACCAGUCGAGUGGACAGGACGACAAUGGCGACUGGGAGGAACGACGCAAUCAACGUGGCGGCGGUCCUCCCCGUAUGCGCGGCCGCGCUAAUCAUGACAAUCGUGGAUGGCGCGGACGAGAGAAUAAGGAAAACGAGAGGAACAUGGAAGACGGUAUGCGUGACGGCAGCUACAGCAGAAGAGGCAGGGGUGGGUCUGGAAGAUCAGGUCGCGGUUGCCGUAGCGGUGGUCGAGGUCUCGGCCCAAGGACAUUCGCGAAUCGCAACGACCCGUCGUCUACCUCCGCUGCUCACGGCUUUAAUCGGCCAAUUGAGACCUGGACAGGUAGCGAGGAGCAGCAACAGAGUAUUCAGGAGCCAAAAAUGGAUGCUUGGAAUAAUUUGGACUCUACAGAAGACUGGGAUAACGAAGAGUACACUGGAUCCUUGGCUGACACUAAGGUCUUCACGCCGAGCGCGAACAUCCUCGAAUCUACGCCCGUUCUGGAAGAGCAAAAGCCCCAGGAGAUGUCAUCCACGCAGUCGGGUCAGGGGGUCAGUCUGUCGCUGCUUCAGCAGCAGGAGGACCUAACAAAACUGUCGGACAUGUCUACGAUUCAGCAGCAGAGCUUAAUACAACCUCAGCAGCAGCAAGCCCAGCAGCAACAACAGCAGCAAGUGCUGGGUUUACCGACGAUGCAGCUGUCGCAGCAACCGAGUGCUAUCAGUGGCGUAUUAACAGCGGCGCAGACUCAAUAUCUGACGCAACUCACCCAACAGACGAGCGAAAACUUAAAAGCGGCUGCACAAACAUCGUUUUCGUCAUCUAUGUCCAGUCAGCCUCAGAGGCAAACGAAGCAACGUCCAAGAGUACCUCCACCGUCAAAGAUCCCAUCGAGUGCCGUGGAAAUGCCCGGUGAUGCGGUGAACAGCGGAAUCGGCUUUCUCGAUGUGCAAUUCGGCGCGCUGGAAUUCGGCAGCGACUCGAGCUCCCUCGACGGCACGGCGAACGAAAAGUACAACUCGACGAGCAACACGAUCGCCGGUGUGGACAUUACUUCCGGUGCGAGUACUGCAAACACUGCCAAUACGAGUAAUUCACUCGACAUCGAAACUACGCAGACUUCCACCACACCCUUCAACGCCAGCUCGCAGAUGUUGCAGAGUACCGACACCCUCCCAGCGUCCAACGAGCACACGAUUAGUUCUCAAAGUUUCACCCGUGGAAGCAGUAGCGGCCAAAGCUUGGAUAUAACCAAGCAAGACUUCACGUCGCAGGUCUCGCCUGGAAAUGCGCCGACGUACGGCGGCACAACGACCUACCAGCCAUCGCAAAAGUCGUCUUUCCAGCCGUCGAGUGGUACGCCGAGCACCUACAACGCGUACUCGACUAAUAACCAGUCCCAGUCCAGCUUCCAGAAUGCGUCGGGUGCUAACGCGAGUAGCUACUCGGCGACGGCGACGGUUUCGCAGGCGAGCUACAACUCGUCGACGUCGUUUCCGCAAUCCAACACGUCGAACUUCAGCCAGCCUUCUCCUUCCGCGUCGGCGUCCGCGACUUCCGGUUACAACCAACCCACCACUAGCAGUCAGGUUUACCCGUCCGCGAGCGGAUACGUACCGGCUACAACGUCGCAAUAUCCGGCGCAAGCUACCAAUACGGUGUCGAACAGCAAUGCGGGGUAUCAAACUUACCAGCCUCAGUAUCAGUCUUCUGUCACGACGUUCACGUCUCCGAUAACGCAAAGUUCCGGUUACCAGAGCGCUGCGCAGUCUGUUUACGCGAAUCCGUACGGCAGUUAUGCCAGCCAACCGCAGGCGGCGUCUCACAAUCACAAGUUGAACAGCACCGCGACGAAGGACUCGCAGUACGACAGCAGCGCGACGACGUCGAACAGUUCCCUCGCCACGACCAGUGCGCCAACGUUGGGUCUCACCUCGACGUCUGUCAAUAGCUCGCAGACUAAAGUGACCAAUUCCAACGCUGUUCCAAAGAGCACGUCGAGCGGAGUGGUGACUGGUAGCAGCGGCACCGGCAACAUGACGGGCGGCGGCGCGGCCGGAAGUAUGACGCCGAUGCUCAGUCACCAGUACAUCAUGGGCCAGGCUGGUGUACCUUACGCAGCUUUCCAACAACCUGUGUACAGCUACGAGGACAUACAGCUUGUACAGCAGAGAAUACCGCACAUGCCAACUACUGGUUACUAUGACGCGGCUCUGGGCUAUCAGACGACCGGUCCGGCUACGAGUCUCGGCGGUGGCAGAGGCGACGCCCUAUCUGGUGUGCAGGGCGUGCAGGGUGUCCAAGGGGUUCAGGGAGCCUACACCAGUAUUAGCGACGCCAGGUUCGCUAGAAACGACAGCAACGCGUCGCCAGUUCCUUCCACUAUGUCGCAGCAGACCGCCACGCAGCAUCAGCAGCCGAUGAUAAAUCCUACUCUUCCUCCGGGAUACGCGUACGCAUUUACUUACGGUAGCGGAAUUAUGCCGGGAGGCUUUCAGUACGGGACUCCUGCCAUUUAUCCGCAAAUAGCAACGGCCGGCAACGCCGGGACAAAUAGCGGCGCGUACAGCGCCAAGCCGGGUAGCUACGGCUCCGGCUACGGCGCCGGUGCGAGCUACGACACGCUGGCCUCCGCUGGCCCGUCCGGGGAGUACAAGGGCGCCGGUAGCAGUUAUACCGGCACCCAGACCGGCAAGACCGGCACUUCCACGGGCAACACCAACACCGCUGGCUCUUCCGCGACGGACAUCAGCGCCACGAUGUACGCCAAAAGUCACGUCGCUCUUGGCAAAGUGAACUCUUACGAAAAACAAACUUUCCACUCGGCCACGCCACCGCCGUUCGGUCUUACGGGCAGUCAAAACGCUGGCUUGCCCGGUGGUUACGGCACCCCGCACUUAUUCAUCCCGACUAUACCACAUCAGAUGCACCAGCCGCUUCAUCAGGACGGCGGCAACAGCGGCAACCAAAGGUCCAACACAAGUUCGCAGAACAAAGCUCAAGCGAAGCCUGGAUACAGUCCUAGUUAUUGGACCGGUAGCAAUUAAAAAAACAACAACAACAAAAGAUAUACGAAAAUGAAAAACAAAAGACAAACUUUUGAACGCGACACGAAAGAAGGACGAAGUAACGUAACAACCUUGCUAGUAGAAAUAACAAGUCGUCCUCUGUUGUGAAACGCGAUAGUGUGACAUAAAGACUUUGACGUUGUCAAUAGUUAAAAAUGACGUAUAAAAAGAAUAGACGAGAGACUUAAUUUUUUCGUUUUCGGGAAUAACACGAGUCAAUGCGGAAUGAGGAGUGGAUAAUUUUGAAAAUUGAUAGGUAUAUGCAAUUAUUGACCGGAAUGCUUCCUUCCAAUGGUAAUGAACAACCGAUUCCUGCGUACAGUCGUGGCUGAAGAAGGGUUGUCCGACGUUUUAUGACCGGAAACAUAUAUAUGGUCCAUCAUGCGAGAGAUUAUAGCUUUGCUCACGAAUAUGUGGCAGAGACGCACUAUUAGUGCAAAAGAAUAAUACGAAGGAAUAUCUAUGCAAUGAUGCAUGUAAAUGUUCCGAAAAAGGUCGGACGACUUUUCUGAUCAUGGCCGUAUGCUACAAUCACUUGUACUUGAUCUUUAAUUUAUUCGUUUAGUUCAGCACACUCGCAAACUUCUCCGAGAGACUGGCGUAGAGCGCGAUAUCACAAUAAAGUAAUUCCUUGCAUUUUAUGCGGGUGGUAUACGUGCAAACCUUAUACAUAAUAAUUUGCAUAUUCCUUCUAACUGUGAAUUGCACUCGUGCCAAAUGAAAUUGUAGCGUUUAUAACGCGAUGGAUUGCGGAAGAUGGAUUAUCGUCUGUGUCGUUCGUGAAUUCCAUGACGCGAUCAUAACGCGAUCAUAACGUCACAGGAUUCAUAACAGGUUCAUCUGGCGACGUCGUGCGACGCGACGGAGCCAGUGCCGUGACUUCUUGUGUGAUACACCGGAAAAGAAACUAGAAGAAUAACAUCCAUCGGGUUCGCACCGGAUCUCCCGUUUGUACAGUGCAAUUUCGAAUAUAUAUUGACUGCUAAUUAUAGGGUGACAAUAGCGUGUCUUUAUAUUGUUCUCUUUUCUUUUUCUCGUGUAUGUAAGUAAUCCUGGCUUAAUAAAUAAUAAAAGUGCAUCUUUGUGAGGUAGCGUAGAGCUGUUCCCGCAAGAGGGCGAAAAUAAAAGGUGUACGCGUGAGAACGUACGCUUGUAUAAAUUUAUUAUUGCGUUUUGUAGCGUUUUUAUUUUUGGUAUUGCUCGUCACAGCGACCGUACGUAAAGUACGAUCGGUGCACUCGCAUACAUUUGGUUUAAACGCGUUACGCAUCGUUGUGAUUAGUAUUGAUUUUUAUUACUCUUUAUUAAUACGCAUACGUCUAUUUCAUAUUAUACGGAAAUUAUUGCAUAUAAUCUCGAUUUAAUGGAGAGCGAUAUAUGCAACCCGCAUUAUUUCUAAGUGUAGCUAAAAAAGAAUCAAAUAUGCCACAAAUAUGUAGCAAAAAUUAGCGCUCUUUUAUUAUUUUUAUACCUAUCUACCUUUUGUCUCGCUAAAUCCGCACACUCGGCCGAACUCGCAGAACGGAGGUCUUUUAUUUUUUCCCCGAAAAUUGCCAAUUGCGAUUUACAUUUAAUUCUAUCGGAAUCGCCUCAAUUAUUAGCCACAAGAUUACAUCACGUUUCAAAUUCAUACUUUUAUGUAAAAUACUUUGCUAUACUUUUUAUUGUUUGUUAAUUUAGGCCGGCAUGUUAAAUGCCAAAUCAUUUAGUUGAUAAAAAUUAAUGUUUAAAAUCACAUAUUUAUUCGUUCAUUUGCUACAACGUAAUUAAAAAUUGUCGUUUUCGAAUUGUUUGCAAAACAAACCAACAGGAUCUUUGAACAAAGAGCUAACAAUUUGAUUCCUCUACAAUGUGCUGUCGCGAGGUAUCGCAUUAAAAAAUCUUUACUAUUCAAAACAUUUAAUUGUUUCUGGAAAACUUUGUUUUUGACGAAUUAUACCACUGUUGCAGCAGAUGAGCGAUUUAAUUAUUGUCUAGAGAUUCGUUGGAAAGUGUCGACAUAUCUAAAAACGUUACGGAUUAACAUUUGGCAUACUAGUGCACUUCUAGAUGUACCAAAAGGAAAAAAGUUCUUUUCGAGAAGAGAAUCUCAUUCCCAUCGGAUUAGUAAUAGUCUCAAUCUUUAUUGUAUUGCAGUUUUUUGGGGGGAGGAGGGGGGAAAGUAACGUUGUGUGGCGAGAGACGUUGUCAAAUCAAAAGUUGCAGUUUUUCACGGUCCGAAAAGUAGCCCGCGUACCCGACGCUCGCACGUGGUGCGCGCAGAGAAGCGAUAUGUGAUGUUUUCCAUUGCAACAAACAAUCGUACAUUUGCUCGUAGUACACGCGGUAGAGACGAGCUGAAAAAAAUCUGUUCAAUUGAAUCGCGAACGAUUAGAAUGAAGAUGAGAGACACUUGACACGACCGAUUAUAUCGAGACGAAUAAGCAUAUAUAGUAACGACGUAUGUGCAGUAACAGCGAUAUUUGUAUCUUUUUCAUUGUGAGAUUGUAAUAAAAAAAAGAAAGAAAGAAAGAAAGCCAUUAUCGAUUCCGUCUGGUGUACACAUUCGUUAAUAUUGCAUUAUUCGUGCUGAUUAGAGAUGUGUGCGAACUGUAUAGCUAUAUACAUAAUAAUCGGAACGAGAUAAUACACGUAUAUUGACCAACAGUGGAACACAUAUUUUGAGGAUAUACUUUACAUUUUUGCAUUGUGAAUAAUGAGUGAUCGCAGAUAUUUCUCCGGUGAGAGAGAGAGAGAGAGAGAGAGUGAAAGAAAAAAGGGACGAGAACAAAGAGCAAAUAUGUCGAACGGAACGAAGGAAGUAAAUGUAUGUCACAGACGGUUUUUUCACAAAGGUGCUCCGUGAGAAUUGUUACGACUUGCGUGUACGAUAAACGUGAGGAAUAAUGUUUCUUCUAAGCACGAACAUAAACGGGCCGACGAGUCUGACGGUCGACAAAGCUUUACCGCUGAUAUAAAAGCGAGAAGUAAAUAGUUGUAAGUAAACUCUUGUUAGCGACUGCAUAUAUAUACAUAUAUAAAUAUAUAAAUACUAAAAAUGCGGUAUGAGUAGGAUGCGUUUUGAGAAGAUCGGAAGACCAAAUGUAGAUUAGCUUCCUUUUUUUUUCCGGAGGAAAGUGUAAAUCUGUACUCAAGUGAACUCUCGAGAGGAAGAAAGAAAAAAAGAGAGAAAAUCGGACUACAUUGUCUUCGCCGUGGUCCAGCGAACGUGGACUACUGAUAGCCACUUGUUGCGAGUAGAAAAUACGCGUUCGAAUGUACACGCAGCCGGUAUCAACGAAGGAGCGAUUGACGAACGACCGGGAGAAUCGAGUAAUUUUUCCGUUUCUGUCUUAGUGUAUGUUUUUAUAGUCGAUUCAGACUUCAUCGUGUAUACUCGAAUCAAUUUAGGACGAAAAAAAAAGAAAUAAUAAUACUAAGUGUAAUGUAUAAUGGAAAGUAAAUGGGAAAAGAUGCAAAAUAUAACGGAGGAGGCGAGGGUUGCUGAAAGCGAGUAAGAGAGCGGGAGUAGGAGAAAAGGGAGAGAUAAGAUUUGGAAUUAAGCACGUUUGUUCUCAUAUAAUUAUACAUUAAUAAUUUUUGUAUUUUUGUCAAAUAUUAACCGAGCGAGGGGGAAAUGCACGAUAUAUGCAUUACUCAACUAUUGCUAUUAUAUGAUUCAUAAUAAUAAUAAUAGCUACUACUGUGUAUAAAUAUGGAUAUAUAAGAAUAAAUGUAUUAAAGAAGUCUGGCGAUUUACAUA